AUGAAAGACAUGGAAGACAAGUACCCUGAGUACGACAACAAGAAUUACGAGGAACUGUUUAGCGAUUUCCAGGAUCUCACAACGAGACGUGAUAGAAUAAUCAAUAACAGUAGUCUUGAUCCAACUGAUAUUGAUAGUGAGAUUAAGUAUGUGGAAAGUCUCAUGGAAAAGCUGUCUUCUAAUCAACAGAGCACGUCAUUCACUAGCGGUGAUGAUGGUAGAACGGUAACGAUAACGAAUAGUGGUAAGGAGGUCACUGCACCCGCUGUUGAGUUCGCGGAUGUGUCCGACCGUCCUGAAAAUGAUAUCAGACCAGCCGUUGAAGACUUUAUUAGUAAGCACUACGAUAGGCGAGACUUCAAGCUUAACUUACACAGUGAUAAAGUAUCCGAACUACGAUUAAACCUUAACCGGACUGGGAACAACAACAUAACAUACCGACCCUUAACAAACAGAAACACACGUGGUAAAGCACAGAUAGUCCUGAAACGUGAUGUUAAUGGAGAUUUAUAG